CAAGCCUUGUUUGAAAGCCCAGUGGAUCAAUGAUUAUAAAGGUAUGCUAUCAAUCUACCUGCUAUCUAAUUCUUAUGGCUACCGCAAGCACAUGACAAGAGCUGCAACCAAAGCCUGUCACAGUGACAGAUUUUAUUCGUACAUUGUAUUUACCCCAAAAAUGUCACAAUAAACAGCAUAUUUUUUAUGCCAUUGAUCAUAUUGGAGCAAAAAUAAUUGAAGUACUUUUGAAGAAAAUGUUUAGCAGCCAUUAUCAUUCAAUUAUUGAGAAUAUUGUAUUGCCAUGUAGAACUAGGAAUAUCUUGGAAUGAAAAAAUAGAAAUAGAAAUUAUUCGGCUUCUGUUAAAAUAUUGUGCUUCACCAAAUAUCACAAUUCAUAAAAACGCAUACCAUCCGUAAUAGUCGAGGAAAAUUAGAUGCCUUUAAACUUCCUUCAUAAUGCUUAUUUCACCUGAUUGAAGAAGGCUGUGGUAGCUGUUUGACAAAUCCACAUUUUUAUCAGCAAUUUGUACUGCCCAUCAAAAGUCUCUACUUAGUUGAAAACAACGAAUGGUCACCGGAAUUAUUUUUCAGUCAUUACAUUGUUUUAGUCUGAAAGAGUAUGUUUCGGGUGUUGUCUUUAUUAUUUGAACUCAGUCAUGUCUGUUGUCCUGAAAUUGUUAGCUAUAAGAGCUGUACAGUGGUAACUACCAUAAAGAGCCGGCUUGUGCUGUGUAUGAAGUUUAAUUUAUUCAAAAGUCAUGUAACUACGACAUAUUUCUGACACUCUAUGGUUGCUAUAAUGUUGAUUUUCAUGAUUUCAGUCAUGCCCUCAUACUUCCCAGUUACUGUAGAAUACUUUUUAGAAUAUUUCUGAUACUGUAAUGUUGCUGAAAAACCUGAGUGUGAUCAGGUGAAAUGACUUUUGUCUGGACCUAACACUGGAGAGCCUGUGUUCGAAUGUCCCGUAAUGGCACCGUAAUGGUGUUAUGUUGCAGACACCAAGUGACGGGAUCUUGACUGAACCUUCUGGAGACCAAGAAGGGAGUGAGAGAUCCACUUCAUCCUUACAACAGACACCAAGUGACCUGACUGAACCCUCUGGAGACCAUGAAUGGAAUGAUAGAUACACUUCAUCCUUACAACAGACAUCAAGUGACAGGUACCUGACUGAACCCUCUGGAAACCAAGAAUGGAGUGAGAGAUCCACUUCAUCCUUACAACAGACACCAAGUGACCUGACUGAACCCUCUGGAGACCAUGAAUGGAGUGAGAGAUCCACUUCAUUCUUACAACAGACACCAAGUGACCUGACUGAACCCUCUGGAGACCAUGAAUGGAGUGAGAGAUCCACUUCAUUCUUACAACAGACACCAAGUGACCUGACUGAACCCUCUGGAGACCAUGAAUGGAAUGAUAGAUACACUUCAUCCUUACAACAGACACCAAGUGUUCCGAUCCUGAUGAAACCUUUUGAAGAUCAAGAAAGGAGUGGAAGAUCCACUUCUUCCUUACAACAGACACCAAGUGACCUGACUGAACCCUCUGGAGACCAUGAAUGGAAUGAUAGAUACACUUCAUCCUUACAACAGACAUCAAGUGACAGGUACCUGACUGAACCCUCUGGAAACCAAGAAUGGAGUGAGAGAUCCACUUCAUCCUUACAACAGACACCAAGUGACCUUACUGAACCCUCUGGAGACCAUGAAUGGAGUGAGAGAUCCACUUCAUUCUUACAACAGACACCAAGUGACCUGACUGAACCCUCUGGAGACCAUGAAUGGAAUGAUAGAUACACUUCAUCCUUACAACAGACACCAAGUGUUCCGAUCCUGAUGAAACCUUUUGAAGAUCAAGAAAGGAGUGGAAGAUCCACUUCUUCCUUACAACAGACACCAAGUGACCUGACUGAACCCUCUGGAGACCAUGAAUGGAAUGAGAGAUAAAUUCUCAAAAUUCUCAAAUUUUCAAAAUUCUCAUUAUUUCCUGGAAUAUCUUAUUUUGAUUAUUUUAUUUUUCCAUUUUUAAUAAAUAAUGCCUUCUUUUACAGGUGGGAAUAAGAGACGCACGUGGACAGAUUAUGAAGUGAAGGCUGUUGAGCGACAUGUUUGAUUUCAUAACAAGCCAUAAAGUUUCAGGUAAAACGAGCUGUGAGUCCUGUCUCCACGCAGAGCCAGCAGCUCUGAACGACAGAGGCUGGGUGUCCAUCAAAAACUACAUCCACAACAGGAUAUAACUGCAUUAAAAAGGGAAAUGAAUGGCUAGUCCAUUGAAAUGCGAGCACGUCUGGGUACAUUUCAGUUCAAGUUAAGUAAAGCAAUAGCAAUGGUGCAUUUAGGGUGGGAUGGUCAAUUAUGGAUUUCAUAUUUGUUGUUGGAUACUGUGUUUCACGUUUGUUGUUUCAUGAUCUUCAAGAGCAAUUUGGAAAAUCCUUGAAGAUGUAUGAACAUGUAAAUUAUACUGUAUAUCAGGCAUGUCCCGAUCUGGGCCUGGAGGGCCACUGUCGUGCCUGUUUUCCAGCUCUCCCGGCUGCAUCACACCUGUUUCAGAUGAUCAGUUCAUCAGUCAGCUCUGAUGCAGCAUUAGAACAUCCUGGGAGAGCUGGAAAACAAAAAGACAGCGGCCCUUGAGGACCGACCUUGGACACUCCUGCUGUAUAUAAACGUACGUACGAUAUACAAACUUCUCACAAAAGAUAGGCUUAUUAGG